GAGAGAAAUGAGUGUGCCUGUGUGUGAAAGAUGAACAAGUGUGUGAGGCUCCAGGAGAGACUGAGUGGGAGAGAUCGUGGUGUGUGUGUGUAAGAGAGAGACCAGAGUAUGUUGGUGUGAGUGUGUGAUGAGAGACCAGUGACCAUGUGAGACGAGUAUGUGUGUCUGGCAGGUGAGGUGUAUGAGAGUGUAUGUGUGUCCGAGUGUGAGAGAGACCAGUAUGUAUUCUGUGUGUGUGAGAGACCAGGAUGUGUUAGUGUAUCUAUGUGUGUGAGAAAUCCAUGUGUCUCUGAAAGAGCCCAUUGAGUGUGUGUGUGUGUGUGUGUGUGUAUGAGAGACUGGAGUGUGAGAGACCAUCAUGUUUGUGUGUGUGUGUCGAGAGAGGAAAACUGGUGAUGCGGCUGUGUGUGAGACCAAAGUGGGUGGGAGAGAGAUUGUGUGAACCGUGGAUGGUCACCCUAAGGCUUGCAAAUAUAGCCUCUGUGAGGUUGUGGGGUGUGCAUGGGUGAGCAAGACAGAGAUGAGGGGCAGUGAGACGUGGGUGUGUGUGAGCGAAUAUGAGUGGGGGUAUGUGUGAUGUUGUAUAUCACCACAUGGUUUGGUACCCAUGGCCUCUCUGAGACUGGUGUAUGUGACUGCAUAUAAUGUGCCUGCCUUUGGGUGCUUGUGAUUGUGUCCUCUGUGGGUUCAGGAAGUGUGUGAGAUCUGGUGUCAGUGUUUGUGUGUCACCUGUGUGCUUGUAAUUGGCCCUGGGGGAUUAUGGUGUGUAUGAGGUGACUGUUUGGAAGAUUGAUAGCAGUGGCUUCUCUAUGUGUGUGGUUGUCUGGAAUUGUGUGUUGGGGGUUGAAGAAUUCUGGAGUAGAAUUCCCUGCCCCCAGUCCAGGAGAUCCAGUGAGAAGCAAGAGGUUGGGUAACUGGAGCUCCUGACUGGAGCAGGAGACACCCUCAGUUCUGGGUGACAGAAAGGAGGGGAAACCAAGGGCCAGAGGACAGAGCUUUGCACCCCCAGGACACUGCUCUUCAAGAGAGAAGCCAGGAAGAGAAGGCGAAAAUGACAGUUGAGCUACUGAAAGCCAUGCCUCAGGACUUGGUGACAUUCAAGGAUGUGGCAAUAGACUUUUCUGAGGAGGAAUGGGAAUGGCUGAACCCCGCUCAGAGGAGUUUAUACAGGAGUAUGAUGUUAGAGAACUAUCGGAGCUUAGUAUCACUGGGACUUUGCAUCUCUAAGCCAUAUGUGAUCUCUUUAUUGGAGCAAGGGAAGGAGCCUUGGGAGAUGAAGAGUGAGAUGACAAGAAGCCCAUUCCCAGAUUGGGAAUCUAUGUGUGAGACACAAGAAUUACCUCUGAAGCAGUUCAUGUGUGAUGAUGUGUUAAUGAGGAGAAUUACAAGCUAUGGACUUGAGUGUUCCACUUUUGGAGAAAAUUGGAAAUAUGAAGAUCUUUUUGAGCAGCAGCAGCUGGUAAGUCAAGAGACAUUUAUCAGGCAAGGAACAAUCACUCAUAAAGAAACCCUUACUAAGGAGAUAGACCAUAAGUGUAACAAAUCUGGGAAAUUUGUCCAUCUAGACAAUGUAGAAGAGAAUGUUUAUAAUUAUGAGGCAAAUAAAAAAAGCUUUUCCAAAAAUUCCAUGGUAAUGAAACACAAGAAAGUCUAUGCAGGAAAGAAACUUUUCAAAUGUAAUGAAUGUGAGAAAACCUUCACCCAGAGCUCAUCCCUUACUGUUCAUCAGAGAAUUCAUACUGGAGAGAAACCAUAUGAAUGUAAGGAAUGUGGGAAAGCGUUCAGCCAGAGUCAACACCUGGCUCAGCAUCACAGAAUACAUACCGGAGAGAGACUCUUUGAAUGUAAAGAAUGUAGGAAAGCCUUCAGCCAAAAUGUACACCUUAUUCAACAUCAAAGAAUUCAUACUGGAGAGAAACCGUAUAAAUGUAAGGAAUGUAGAAAAGCCUUCAGCCAGCCUGCACACCUUGCUCAGCAUCAGAGAAUUCAUACUGGGGAGAAGCCCUAUGAAUGUAAGGAAUGUGGAAAAGCCUUCAGCGAUGGCUCAUCCUUUGCCCGACAUCAGAGAUGUCACACUGGCAAAAGACCCUAUGAAUGUAUUGAAUGUGGGAAAGCCUUCAGGCAGAACACAUCCCUUAUUCGUCACUGGAGAUAUUAUCACACUGGGGAGAAACCUUUUGACUGUUUUGAUUGUGGGAAAGCCUUCAGUGAUCACAUAGGACUUAUUCAGCAUAGGAGAAUUCAUACUGGAGAGAAACCAUACAAAUGUAACGUGUGUGGAAAAACCUUCAGCUAUGGCUCAUCCCUGACUGUCCAUCAGAGAAUUCACACAGGAGAGAAACCUUAUGAAUGUGAUGUCUGUGGGAAAGCCUUCAGCCAUCAUGCUUCACUCACUCAGCAUCAAAGAGUGCAUUCUGGAGAGAAGCCUUACGAAUGCAAGGAAUGUGGGAAAGCAUUUAGGCAGAGUAUACACCUUGCUAGUCAUUUGAGAAUUCAUACUGGCGAAAAACCCUAUGAAUGUAAGGAAUGUGGAAAGGCUUUUAGCAUCAGUUCACAGCUGGCUACUCAUCAGAGAAUUCAUACUGGAGAGAAACCUUAUGAAUGCAAGGAAUGUGGUAAAGCUUUCAACCAGAGGGCACACCUUGCCCAACAUCAUAAAAUCCAUACUGGAGAGAAACCUUAUGAAUGUAAUGAAUGUGGGAAAGCCUUCAGCCAGACUACCCGCCUUAUUCAACAUCAGAGAGUUCAUACUGGAGAGAAACCCUAUAUAUGUACUGAAUGUGGAAAGGCUUUUAGUGAUAGUUCAUCCCGUGCUCAGCAUCGGAGACUUCAUACCGGCCAUAGGCCCUAUGAAUGCGUUGAAUGUGAGAAGGCAUUCCGAACAAAAUCAUCCCUUAUUUGUCAUCAAAGAUGUCAUACUGGGGAGAAACCUUAUGAAUGUAGUGCGUGUGGCAAAGCCUUUAGCCAUCGUCAGUCCCUUACUGUUCAUCAGAGAAUUCACUCUGGAGAAAAACCGUAUGAAUGUAAGGAAUGUAGGAAAACCUUCAGCCAGGUUGGACACCUUAACCUACAUCGAAGAAUUCAUACUGGAGAGAGAUCUUAUGAAUGUAAGGAAUGUGGAAAAGUUUUCAGACAAAGCGCACACCUCGCUCAUCAUCAGAAAAUUCAUGCUGCAGGGUCAUCCCUGGCCUCCAGCUUGUCCUCACCCCUUAUGUCACCAAGUCCUGUGGAUAUUUCUGCUAAAUAUUUUUGGAAUUCAUCCACUUCUUUCAAUUCUCAUUGCCCUAGUCCAAAACAUAAUCAUUUCACCUGGGCUAUUCCAAUUAUCUAAAAACUGGUUUCCUUGCAUCCUCCUUUGUCCCCUUCAAGAUCAUCCUUUAUGCUACUGCCACAGUGGUCUUUUAAAAAUGUAAAUGUAAUUAUAUUACUCUUCUCUUAAAACCCUUGUUACGAAAUUUUAAAUGACUUGAUGCAUAUAAAGUGCUUAGCAUAGUGCCUCUCUCAGACUAAGUGCUUGGUAAAUGUUUGAUCAGCAUUCUUCAGAGUCUGCUUAAAAAUUAUUUGUAAACAGUGGACUCUGGAAAGCAGUAUAUCAGUGCUGGGAGACCAUAACAAUUUGGAACUGAAACUAUAUCUUAGGGUGGAUGAUGAGGAUAUGUUUAAAGUUUGGUAUCAUAAAGUAAUAUAGUGGCUUUCUCAUGACUCUAAGGCUGUGCAACCUUUGUUGGUGAGGAAAUUCAGUGUGACCUGAUACAUAGAAUAUGUUUUAGGAAGUGUCUAGAGCUCUACAUAAGA